AUGGUGUACGGUGCGCAGGACGAGGAGGAUGAGGAGCACGAAGAUGACGACGAGGACGAGGUAUGGGGUGACGGAAGGGAGGAGUGGCUGGAGAUCAAGAAGGCAAAGAUGUGCUGUCGGGAGCUGGUCAGGACAGAAAGGAACUACUUGCGAUGUCUGAGGGAUUUGAUUGACGGCGAGACGCAGACGCCGCCAUCGCCCUUGUUACUUGCGUAUCUGCCGGCUCUGCUCGCUGCGUCAAAUUCGUUCCUCGCGCACCUGGUCUCUGAUCCGACGCCCUAUGGCGUAUCCGCUGCCUUCCUUGGUUGCGAGGAUGAAAUGGAGGCCGCCUUUGUGGCUUGGUGUGGGAUAGUCGGCUGCGUCUUUGCUGACGGUACCCCGAGCUCGAGAGGGCGCAAAGCCGCGAAGGAAGGGCUCAGUGUCGGACAGCGAGCCAAGAGCGGCUUCUUCGGCAAAGGUCUCCCUUCCGGAGAGGGCAGACCCAGCGCACGGAGUGUCUCUUACGUCGGGACUGUUGACAUCACCGGAACUGGUAUGUUCACUGCUGCCCUGGGCUCGGGCCUGAAAUUUCCGCUCGCGCCGCUCAAUGUCAACGCUGUCGCUGUGGCACCGAAAAAGUCUGCGAGCUCCUGGAGAAAGAGUAUGCCGGCCCUAGGGAACUUUGUUGUUACCCCGAGUAACGGCAGCAGCUCGAAUAGCGGUGCAUCAACUAUCCGUCUGGUUGGCAAGCGGAAGCACCAGAAGAGCGGGAGUACCUUCUUCUUUGCUAGCGUGGAGAACGAUGGGGACGACGACUCGGGGAAGGAAAAGGAGAAGAGGAAGAAAAGGCCUACAGUGAGGGAUCUGGCGAUCCAGCCCGUUCAGAGGGUGAUGCGCUACGUGUUGCAGUAUAAAGACCUACUCAACCAUACCCCUGCAUCUUCGCCAGCCCGAGCAUUGGUCGAACGCGCCCUGGAGGGCGCUACGCGGAUCGCAGCAAAAUGCGACCGGGCGCAGGACAACGCUGCGUUCCUACGUUGA